GAUUACAUAUACAUCCACCACCUCCUCCUACACGAACUCCAACUUAUAUUAAACAAAGAUUGCAAGCACUUGUUAAGCAAGCCAAUGAAGAUUUAUUAGAUAUAACUCCUAUGCAUAUCGUAACUA